AUGGCAGCGUCAUUCAUAUUGCUCAACGGCUUUCCAACUGCCAAGAAACUCGAGGUGGCCAAAGAGCUCUCGAACAUCAUCGCCGAGUCAAGAAUCGUGGAUAAUCAUGGUCUUAUCGAGAAAGUCGACAAGAUCUAUGAUAGGUCAGUCCACGAACAUGGGGAGUUGUUAGGAGAUCUUUUGAAAAGCAUUUUAAGAUCCAUUGCUGAAAGCUCGUCCACCCAAGGCGUCACUUGGAUAUUUGCAGAUAAGCAUUCUUCCAGCGAUAUAGCCUCACAAGCUGCACAUGAAUAUUCGGCAGCAGCAGCUUCACGUGCGUCACCGUUUUUCUGUGUUACCUUAAAUGAUAAAGUCGAGCGUGCUGAUGGAGAUCCCAAUGUCGAGGACGUGGACGCUUUUCAUCACAUAGGAGGCGGGUUUGAAUUGCAGAUCGACAUAACGGAUAUGUCCGCUUCUCAGGUUGCACAGCAUAUCCUUGAGUUCAUGGGUAGGGACGGAGCUCCUUACAUAAAUGAGGAAAAUGCUGAAAUUCGACAUACAGAAAAAUGUACCAAUAACGUCGUUGAGCAGCCCGUAGAAGUUGGACCACACAGUUUUGGAGAUAUCGCCGGCUUUAAACAUGUCUUUAUCAAGGACGCAGUGUCAGGACGACACGAAAGAGUUGUCGAUCUGCUUUGCUGGUUGAAAUCGAGACCGCGAAAUCACGGGGGGCUGAUCUUUCUCGAUGUGGUUGAUAGCACGGGAUCAGUCCAGGUCAUCGUAUCAGGCGAAGCCGCGGGUCAGCCGUCUGUCCUGCAGAACCUCAUUGCAGAAUCGAGUUUGGAAGUAUCGGGGACGCUUUCGAAACGCAAAUCUCAGGUUGAAAUCAUUGCGACCAGAGUCCAGGUCGUGCAACGCGCGACCAGACGCAUGAACCCGAGUGUCCGAGCAUUAGAUACGAGCAUCCUUGCGUCGAAGAAUGUGGACAAACUCCUAAGCAUGCGCCACAUCUAUCUCCGAAAUCCGAUUCUGUUAAUUCUUAACGAGCUCCGCUCCCAUACUUUGUAUGUGGUCCGCUGCUGGUUCGAGAAGCACCGGUUCAAUGAUUUCAGCGCUCCUCUAAUUACGCCAUCGCUGCUCUAUGAUCCAACCAGCGCGAUCCACUUAGCCAACUUGAAUAAAAAUCGACCGCUAUACCUGUCCCAAUGUGCAGGAUUUUACCUCGAAGCAGGCGCGCAUGCGCACGAACGAGUGUACAACCUAGGUCCCAGCUUCCGUAACGAGAGCCGCACGAAUAGGCACCUGAUGGAGUACUGGCACAUCAAGGCGGAACUGUGUUCUGGGAAGAUGGAUGACAUCAUCAUCUUGGUCGAGCUAUUUCUACGAGACAUCAGUCAUGCAACGGUACACCACAGAGCUAGGGUCCAGUCGAUGCUUGGUGCAGAAGAACAUCAACUUCAUUACCCGUUCAAGCGCAUCCGUUACUCCCUGGCAGUACAAAAAUUGCAGGAGAAUAACGUCAAGAUUAAAUUUGGAGAUAACAUUUCCAAGCUUCACGAGGAAUGGCUCACGAAAGAUAAUGGAGACGCCCCUCUCUGGAUCACGCAUAAACCGAAAGGUCUAGAACCAUUCCCGUAUUCUUUGGAUCCAGACAACGACGAACUCACAAUGACAGCUGAUCUCAUUGCUCCUUACGGCUUUGGCGAGAUCUGUGGUGUAGCAGAGAAGUCCUUUGCAAUGGAGACCCUGGACAGGAGAUUAGGAGAAAUGGGAAAACUCGACCAAUUCGACAUGUACGACUGGGUGCGUGAUAUGAGGAACUUCGGCAUGGUCCCUCAUACUGCGUUCGGUAUGGGAUUUGAGAGGCUUCUUCGCUGGCUAUGUGGUACCCAUCACGUUAGAGAUGUUAUUCCAUUCCCUAGGAUCUUCGGGCGAGAGCCAAUACCCUAG